ACCUGCGACCCUUACUCUGCCCACUCUGGAGGUCAACCCCGUGGAGCAGGAUGUGUGGAAUCAGGCUAGAAGGGAUAUGAUCGAUCCAAUGACCCUGAAAGAAAUGCUGGAGGGAAUCAGGGAUAAAGCUGACAUUCCACUGUCAGUAAGAUCACUACGGUUCCUCAUGCUUGAACCACAGGAUAUGGAAUCUUACGUUAACCUUCACAAACAGCAGCCUAUACGCAGACAGACGGUUAUCACAUGCAUAGGGACACUGAAGAAGAACAUGGCGGAUGAUGAUGCAGUCAGUUGCCUCGUCAUUGGCACAGAGAGUCAAGAUGUCUAUAUCUUGGACCCAGAGGCAUUCACCAUUCUAUCAAAGAUGUCCUUACCUAGUGUGCCUACACUGAUGGAUGUGACCGGUCAGUUUGAUGUAGAGUUCAGAAUCACUGUAGCUUGUCGCAGUGGGAAUAUCUACAUACUUCGCAGACCUUGCUGUGUGCACAGGGGCACCGUCAUGCUGGAACAGGAUUGUAUGUUGCAGGGACUCACCAAAACCCAGGGGAAAAAACUGUCGACGGCUUACCUACCUGCUCCAGUCACCACUAUGGCCAUACUGGACUUGCCCACAAGGGGCUUCCAGGCUGUGUUGGUGGCUUUGGCCAGUUGUGAGGUGCAUGUGUACAGGGAUAAGAACUUAGUCAGCACCAUCAGAACACAGGACAUAGUGACCAGCAUUUGUUUUGGUCGUUAUGGUCGGGAAGAUGGCACCCUAAUCAUGACAACCAAAGGUGGGAGUCUGAUUGUAAAGAUCCUUAAAAGGACAGCUGUUUUUGAUGACAAGGACUCAGCUUCUGGUCCCCCAAUAGCCCAAAGCAUCCGACUCAAUGUGCCUAAGAAAACGAAGCUUUAUGUGGAUCAGACCCUAAGAGAAAGGGAGAAUGCUGUGGCAAUGAACAGAGCCUUCCAAAUGGACUUGAGCAGGCUGCGGCUAGCUGCAGCCCGGACCUAUGUGAAAGCCUUGGAGUCUAGCCUGACGCCUAUGUCAUCCAGCCUGACGGAACCUCUCAAGAUGAAUGCUGUGGUUCAGGGAUUAGGCCCAUCCUUCAAACUGACUUUGAACAUCCAGAACACAGCAGCAUGUCGUCCUGUAAUGAACCUAGCCAUCAGUUUCCUGUAUGAUAAAAAUCUGUACAGUAUGAAGACAGCCUUUUUUAAGAUCCCUUUGCUGGUUCCAGGGCUGAAUUACCCCAUUGACACAUUUGUGGAGUGCCUUAAUGACAAAGGGAUCUCUGAUGUCAUCAAACAGCCUGUAGGGGGAGGUCUUAGCCUCAGUGCUACACAAACAGAAGCCACGGACCAGCAGGUGAUCAAUAAAGUUUGUACAGGCCAGAGAACUUAUUAAGGCCGGUCCUUAGCAUAGAUCAGAAGAUCUUUGACCUAACAUGAAGCUUAGCACACAGAGAUAUUUGUGUUUGCACAUGUAUUUUUAAAAUUUUUAUAAUACAGUGU